UCACAUACACGAAAGCGCGCUGGACACUGGAACGGCAAGUAUCUGUAGGAAGCAAGACCAGGAGUCAAGGGGGCCAUCGUUAUUCACAACGUACUCGGGUCACCAGCCGAGAAGAGCUCCAUUACCGCUGUUCAAAAUGAAAGCUGCAGCAAUAUGCUUUGUGGUACUAUUCCUCGUUUUUGCGAGUGCGCAGUAUCCUCCAAAACCUCGCCCAUAUAAUCCAAGACAGUCGCUCUGCGUCUGGCCAGUGGAGUACCGUGUCUGGACACUCAACUGCAUGUACGGCCGCGUUGAACGUCAAGUGCAGCACCUAAUGCACCAUAUCCUCAAAAAAAGAGGGUGGCGAGUAGAAGAUUUUGCUCGGGCGUUGUGCAGUCCGUACGAGGUGAUCAAGCUCAGGUCGCACUUCCAGCAAAAGUCACAUCGAAAGCUCCUGGGAGAAGCUACUGUGGAAGCAGACAAGUGCCUCCGUUACCUUCUCAAGAAUAUAAAAAAUGCUUGAGCGGUACAACAGAAGCAAGCUAUUAAACAUAACGUUUGAAAACUUGA